AUGUUGAUCCGCAGGGAGCGGGGGCAGGGGGAGCAGGGGGAGCAGUGGUCAUGGGGGAGGGUGGAAAGAGCAGCAUAUUUGGUAGAGGAGGCGAUGGCGGGGCGAUGGGUGCCGCUGGAGGCGGUGAGGGAGGAGGGCGGAGGGGCGGCUGCUAAAUGGGUGGUAUGGUACCGCCGGGGGGAGGGCGUGCGGGCCGCCAUGGUGCUCGCGCUGCUGCUGCUGCCGUUCUUCGAGCUCCCAGCAUGGUGCACGACCAAUCCCCCAUCCCCUGCUCCCUGCGGCGACCCUUCUCUCUAUGCGCUCAGUGGCCUGCCCUACAUGCCGCACUCCCUCACUCUCCUCCUCGAGGCGGUGUGUGUGGCGAUGGCGCUAUGCUUCCUGGCCCUGCAGCACUGCAUCCUAGGGGGACCCUCCUUCUGGCGCAACCAUGUUGCUCUAUACAAGCUCACAGCAGCACUGGGGAUCAUCGUUGACCGGGUUUUCUCCACCUCACUCCGUCAUCUCGCCCCUGACCUAGCGGCCCGUGUAUUUCCUGUGCCCAUCGCUCCCUACCUUCGCGUCAUGCUCGCCAUUCUUUUCAGCAGGUCCAUUCGAGGCUGUUUCCGCACCACGCUGCGCAUCAUCGCUUCCUUCCUCGACAUUGCAAUCCUCCUCACAGUCUUCGUGGUAUCAUUCGCCUGGCUCGCCUACAUCAUCUACGGCGCGCCCUUCCAAGAACCACCCACAAUCACCGGCACGGAAACCAUCACCUCCACAAUCAACCCCACUUCCCCACUCUCCACCUCCUCCUCCUCCUCCUCCUCCUCCUUCUCCUCCUUUCCACCCCCUUCCUCACCUCCCUCCUCGUCCUCCUUCUCCUCUCUCCCAGCGUCCCUCCGGGCCAUGUUCAUCCUGCUCACCACGGCCAACAACCCCAACGUCUGGCUGCCCGAGCUCAACGCCUCGCGCCUCUCCUUCCUCUUCUUCGCCUCCUACCUUGCGCUCGGCCUCUUCUCCAUGAACCUCGUUCUCUCCGUCAUCUACUCCUCCUAUAGCUCCCAGAUGGCAGUGUGGGAGCACAAGCAGGUGACAGCAAGGGAGGCAUGUCUGCAGGAGGCCUUCACUCUUCUGGACGAAAGGAGGCAGGGGUGGGUGUCAGCUCGAACCAUCACACAGCUGCUUCGAGCCAUGGAGCCUUUCAAGUCCCACCCGCACGCAGCAAGGCACAUGGCGUCGCUCUUCUUCCGCCUGGACACGCGGGGCGACCUGCGCAUCUGGGCAGACGAGUUCCAGGGGCUGUGCCACGCGCUCGCGCUGCAGGCCUCUCUUUUUGAGGCGCCUCCGAAGCAAUGGUUCCACGGGUUGUGGUUGUGGUGUGGCAUGGAGCAGCAGCAGGCGUCUGGGUUGUGGAGAGCUGUUGGGCAGCAGGCACGGCACAUGCUGGCGACAGGAACUGGGGGUUGGGGCGAAGGGGAGGGGCAGGGGGAAGGGGGGUGGUGGGGGAGUGGUGUGUGGGGGAGUGGUGUGUGGGGGAGUGGUGUGUGGGGGAGAGGGAGAUGGGAGGGUGGAGUGGAAGAGAGAAUGAGGGUGGGGGAGAGGGGAGCGAUGGAAGAGAGAGCAAGGAGAAGUUUAUCCGCAGUGGCAUCUGCUCCUUCUAUGCACGACUUUCUCAACGACUCUGCUUCAGCCGGUCAACUGUCUCAACGCACGGCCACUCAUCAGCGCAUCUUCCAGGCAGCCUUUCAGUACCCCUCUCAACCCCCUGCCACCGCCUACUCCGCCUCAUCCUCCCACCAAUUCACCUCCUCUGCUGCUUCUUCUGCUCGAAACCCAACCCGGCACAUCUUCCCUGAUCGCCCGUCUUCCCGGCUUGCUGCUGCUUCGACCGAGGUGAUGCGUUUGCAACAUUCCAAGGCGGCGCAGGGAGUGAGAGAUGGGAUGGUGGCGGGUGAGUGCGCAGCAGAGGGUGAAGCACAGCAUCGCCACAACUGCCGCGAUUUCCGCGAUUGGGCUGACUGGCUUUACGAUCAGCGGUGGCAGUUUGAGGGAUGGAAGCAACAGCAGCAGCAGCAGCAGCAGCAGCAGCAGCAGCAGCAGCAGCAGCAGCAGCAGCAGCAGCAGCUGCAGCAGCAGUACGGUCGCAGAGAGCGCCAGGCUGAGACAAACGGCACGGGCGUUGGCAUCCUCCUCUCCUCCAUCACUAUCCCUGCGGCAGCCAUUGCUGCAGUCAUCAUCGCACCCCUCUCCUGUCCCGCCACCACAUCUCCCACCAUCACCAUCGCUAUCACCACCCGCAGCAGCAGCAGCAGCAAGUGCACGGAAUGGUGGUGUGAGGUGUUCGGGUGUGCAGCAGCAGGGGUGGGCAUCAAGGGCGGAGCAGCUAGGGCUCUUGCUCACAUUGCUACUCGUGACAGAAGCACACAUGGGCAUCACUGGUAUCGAUCCACAGCUCCUCAUUGCUGCACAAGUCUUGGCAGGGCAAGCAUGCCUGCCCAUCUCUCUGAUGCGCUACACUGGUUGCAAGCUGCACUUCUCUUCCGUUGCCUCCCCCUCCUCCCAUUCUCCCACUACCUCCCCCGCCUGCACCUCCUCCUCUCCACCCUCGCCACCCUCCUCCCCUCCAUCCUCCCCAUCCUCGCCCUCCUCUUCACCACCCUCUCACUCUUCUCACUCGGCGGCACACACCUUUUUGGAGGCCUCCUCUCUGCAAACCACCCCCAGCUCCGCACCACAGACUACUUUCAAUCCGGCUUCCUUCCACUCAAUUUCAACGACUUUCCGGCGUCCAUGGCCGUAGCUUUCAACCUGUGUAUUGUGAACAACUGGUAUGUGAUCAUGGAUGGGGUUGCUGCAGUUCUGCCAGCAGAGGAGAAAUGGAAGGCCACGAUGUAUUUUGCGCUGUUUUACGUGGUCAUUGUGGUGUUUGUGCUGAAUGUGGUGGUUGCUUUUAUUCUCGAAGCCUUUGUGAAGGAGCUGAGGUUCCGGGGAGGCAUUUUAUAA